UGGAGCCCAGAAUAGCUUCUGGGGAAUUUAGCAUUAGAGGCUGUCUUUUAGCUGCAGGACUAAGAGGAGUCUCUGUCGUGUCUUCCUGUCCUUGUCCAUGUUUCUGUCUGUCUUUGCCUCCCCCUCUUCUCCCUCCCCCUCUCUUCCUAUCACUGCCUCUCCCUCUCCCCUGGUCUCACCUCUCCCUUCCCUGUCUCUGCCCUGAACUCUAUCUCUCCUUCCUCUUUUUUCACAAUAUCUUUGCCCUCAACCCCAGACCCCAUCACCCUUUCGUUAUGGGCAGCCCCUCGUCCCCAGAAGACUGCAGAGAGCUGGGGGGUGGCCCACGUAGUAGCCUUUGUGCCAGGUUGGUGGAGAAAGCAGACAAAGAUCCCAGUGAGGGUCAGGAGCCAGGUCAUGGGCCCAUAGUUACCAGGACAGCCUCGGGGCCCACCUUGGAGUUCUGGCAAGCUGUGCUGGUCGGGGAUGUGGCCUCUGUCUCCCAUCUCUUGGCCUCCCCUGGCACUGGCCUCACCCCGGAUAUUGUCUUUGAUACCAGCGAUCCAGAGAGAUGGAGAGAUUUCAGAUACAACAUUCGAGCUCUGAGGCUCUGGUCUCUGACCUAUGUGGAAGAGCUGACCACUCCGAUACAUGUAGCAGCCAGCCGAGGCCACGAACAAGUUCUCCAGCUGUUGCUAAGUCGAGGAGCCCAGCCAGAUGCUGCCCCCGGGGGUCGCACUGCUCUGCAUGAAGCCUGCAUCUCUGGCCAUGCACCCUGCGCCCGACUGUUGCUUGUAGCAGGAGCUGAUCCAGACGUCCCAGACCAGGAUGGGAGGCGCCCUUUACACCUGUGCCAGGGGCCUGGUGCCCUCCAGUGUGCAGAGCUGCUGCUGAGGUUUGGUGCCAGUGUGGAUGGUCGAUCUGAGGAAGAAGAGGAGACACCUCUACAUGUGGCAGCCCGAGGAGGGCUGACAGAACUGGCUGCAUUACUCUUGAGGAAGGGAGCUUGUCCAGAUGCCCGUGAUGCCGAAGGACGGACCCCUCUUCUGGCUGCCUGCUCAGUCCCUUUCCUUCCCCCGGCUGAGGCUGAAGCAGCCACCUCCAAGUGUCUCCACCUGUGUCACCUGCUUCUCUCUGCAGGUGCCGAUGCGGAUGCUGCUGAUCAUGACAGGCAGCGGCCCCUGCAUCUAGCUUGUCGUCGUAGCAAUGUGGCUGUGGCUGAGCUACUCCUGUCCCAGGGAGUCAGUGUCAAUGCCAUGGACUACGGUGGCCACACAGCCCUGCAUUGGGCCUUGCAGGGUCCAGCUGCUGCCCUGCCCUGUAGCCCAGAACAAGUGGUCCGAGCUCUACUCAAUCACGGUGCUGUUCGAAUCUGGCCUGGAGCCCUUCCCAAGGUGUUGGAACGCUGGUGUGAAUUUCCCCGGAUAAUUGAGGUUCUGAUGAAUACCUACAGUCUUGUGAAGCUUCCAGGGGAUGCAGUGGACCUUAUACCCCCAGAGGUCCUGCAGAAGCAUGGCGAUUUCUACUCUUCCCUCUUCACCUUGGUGGGUCGGCCGAGAUCCUUGAAGCACCUGAGUCGUCACGCUCUCCGAUCUCACCUGUCUGGCUGCUUGUCCCAGGCACUGCCCCGGCUGCCCCUGCCUCCUUGCCUUCUUCGCUACCUACAGUUGGACUUUGAGGAUGUUCUUUAUUAGAGAUUCCUGCCAAGAUUACCUAAGAAACAACAAUUCAUCCAGCCGGGCUUCCCAGAAGCUAGAACUAGAAAAGUGGGACCGGGGUUUUGCUUCCUGGUUGAUGACAUCCAGGAGUGUGCUUCUGUGACAGUCCAGAGACCAAAGAUCCCCAAAGUCCAUCUGCCUGCCCUUCUAUCACUAGCCACUCUCACCUAGCCCCAUGCCACUACCCACAAGGAUUCUGCCCCCAUUGGUACCUCUCAGGCCUGGAGGGGAGGUAAUUUAGAUUCUCUUGGGUCCCUUCCCCUGCCCCCAACUCUUUUAGCUCCAAGUGAAAGUAUUCCUAGUUAGAGCUGUGCCUCUCAGGCUCUUAGCUAGAUAUAGAAUGCCAGAAUCUGAGCCUUGGGAAACAAGGUACCUGGGGCCAGCUCUAGCCAGGACUGCCCUGAUGGAGAAAGAGACUAGUGCUGCAGGUAGGGUGCUGUACCAGUAGGGCAGAAAGAUGCUGGUGCUGAAAAGUGAAGAGAGAGGAAGAAAGCCUGUACUGAUGACAGAGGAGAACAAAAGAGACUGAGAGUUUGGGGGGGUGGCUCUUGGGCGUCUAUGGGAGCUUUAUUUGUAUUCCACUUCCCUCACUGCAGUGUAUCUUUGCACUUUCUCCUUUAAACUCAGACUCUGGACAUGAAUUAAAAUGUUGUCUCUGUUGUCUAUC